AUACAUUUAACAGUAAAUACUACUUGACUGCUUGGUUACGGGUUGUUUAUUUCUUGCUCGUUGAUAAAGCGAAAUAAUGAAACGUUUGGAAUUUCACACUGAAGAUUAUAUAAUAAUGGUGAUUUUUCUUGUUAUAUCUUCUGCAAUUGGAAUUUACUAUGGCUUUUUCAAGAAACAGAAGACAACGGAGGAAUAUAUACUCGGAAAUCGGCAGAUUCAUUUUGUUCCUGUGGCUUUGUCGAUGGCAGUAACUUUUCAGUCCGCAGUCUCCGUAAUUGGAACACCAAGUGAAAUCUAUCUGUACAGCAUUAUGACGUUUUAUCUUACAUUUGGAGCCUGUAUUGCUUAUCUGAUACAGGCAUUGCUCAUCGUGCCUUUGGUACAUCCACUAAGGCUAACCAGCGCAUACGAGUAUCUACAGCGGCGCUUCCAGUCGAGAGCUGUACAACUUCUCGGCAUGACAAUGAGCAUGCUCCAAACGCUGUUAUAUGUUAGCAUCGUCCUAUAUUCCCCAGCCCUAGCGCUUGAAGCAGUUGCUGGAAUUCCAAUAUGGUUAUCAAUCGUAGUUAUAGGAAUAGUAGGAACUGUUUACACCGCUAUUGGAGGAAUGAAAACUGUGAUAUGGACGGAUACAUUCCAGUUUGUUAUGCUGUAUGGUGGCCUCACUGUGAUUCUUGUACUUAGUAUAAAGGAAAUAGGGAGCUUAUCCAAAGUUUUUGAAUUGUCGUCGAAAGGUGGUCGGAUGAAAUUUGAUGAGAUAAGCCCAGAUCCUCGUGUACGCCAUACAGUGUGGGGAUGUCUUAUUGGUGGUGUGUUUAACAUGCUGCCAAAUUGUUUUAACCAGUCAUCAAUACAAAGGAUUUCUUCCGUAGAAACAGCAAAGGAUGCUAAAAUUGCCAGUCUCCUGAAUAUACCACUGGCGCUAACCUUCAAGUCCAUCAUUAUAUUGACUGGGCUGGUGCUUUAUGCAUCCUUCGUUAUAAAAGCAUGUGAUCCGUUAGCUAGCGAACAGGUGUCAAACCCGAAUCAGUUGAUGAUAUAUUUCGUCAUGAAUACGUUAAACGAUGUACCAGGACUGGCUGGGAUAUUUCUUGCAGCAGUUUUCAGUGGAGCUUUAAGUACAUUGUCUUCGGGUAUCAACUCGAUGGCUACAAACGCUCUUCAGGAUAUCUUGGGUGAUUACUUGAAAGGAGCGUUGCAGAGUAAAAAAACAUUCAUUUUAAAACUAUUAGUUCUGGUGUAUGGAAUACUGAGUGUUGUAUUGGCUUACCUGUCCCAGUAUUUGACAGGACCUGUCACACAGAUGUGUGAUACAGCUUUUGGUGCAGCCGGUGGCCCAAUUGUUGGAAUAUUUUUCCUGGGUGCUGUUUUUCCACAGGCUAACAAAAAAGGUGCUUUUGCGGGCGGAAUCUGUGGUAUUGCUCUCAAUAUGUGGAUAGCUCUUGGUUCCUUCCUAUAUAGAAAUAAAGCUCCACUGUCAAAGCCAGUCACUACAUCCGGGUGCAUCCAAAAUGAAACAGACUUACCUGAGUUGAAUUUAACACUGACAACAGGAAGGAUUUACAGUUCAACAACUGAUACCUCUUUUUAUCGUUAUUUGAAUGAUACUACACCAAUGGAUAGGCUCAAUUAUCACCACAGCAUUGAUAACAAUCACCUUGUUAUCUAUGACUUAUCCUAUGUAUGGCUUGGAUUUAUAGGAUGUUUGAUCACAGUAAUAAUCGGCUUGGCUGUCAGUUUUAUUACAGGUAAAGAUAAAGACAAUCCAACAGAACCGAUGUACAUAGUUCCAUUUCUACGACGUGUAUGGACAUUUGAUGAAUCAACUUUGCAUGGAUGCCAGGGAACUGAAUACUGUUUAGUUCGUAUUAAUGAAGAAAUAGAAGUGUUUGGUUCCAAGAAGAAAAACACAGUACCAACUAAAUGAAUGUCAUGGAAAAUAUUUCUGUAAAAAAUGUUAUUACCGCUUUUUUAGGACGAAAUGAUAAUUUAAUCCGUACAUUGUCAAAUGAUGCCAUUUAUUAAUAUUUUAACGUUUCAAAUCAUUUUGCAAUAUAGUCUUAAUUUACUGUUUAUAGAUGUGACAAAUAUAUAUUUUAUGUACACUGAUUGUGAUGAAAUGGCCACAAUCCAAUAUAUAUAUUGCCUGUUUGAAAAUAGCUAUUGCAUUCGUAUAGCAUUCAUUUUAGAUCUUGCUUAUCAGUGUUUAUCGAUCAAUUAAACUAUUUUCUAUAAGAUCAGCUUUUAUCUGAAAAUUCCUUUUAGAAUCUUACAUUUAGUUGACGCUGUCAAUACUCCCUGUACAGAACUCAAAAGGUUUAUAUAAUGUAGGCGAAUCAGUUUGUUUACCUCCGACAUAAUUAUUUUUUGAAAGUUUUGUGCCUUGAAAAGGAGCCUAGAAACUUGAAAGCUGUCGAUAAUAUGAGCUUUUCCACAUGGAACAUAUCAAGAUUUGAUUGUAAUCGAAUAUUCCUGUCCGGUCUGUAUUUCAACCAUCCAUCAAGAGAUUUAAAUAUCACUUGCUACGAAUAUUCCUCAUAACCAGACGAUGUGUCUUGCGCAAAGCCCAGAACUCUAGAUAAAAGGUCAAGGUCACACUCAGAGGUCAUAGUGUUUUUUCCUGUCCGGUCCAUUACACUGUCAUCCUUGGAGGGAUUUUAAUACUACUUUGCAAAAAUGUAUCCCAUAAUAAGAGGAGAUGUCACGCUAACACCCAUACCUUUAGUGUAAAGGUCAAGGUCACACUCAGAGAUCAAAGUCAAUAGUGAUUUUUUCCUGUCGGUCCAUAACUCUAUUAUCACUGAAGCAAUUUUAAUAUAAUUCGACACAAAUGUAUCCCAUAAUGAGACAAUUUGUAAGUGAAACAUUCAGACCUAUAGCUUAGAAGUCAAGGUCACACUCAUAGGUCAAAUGUCAGUAGUGUUUUUUCUUUCUUAUCUGGUUCGUUACUCUGUCAUCGUUGAAGGAAUUCUCUAAUUACUUGGCACAAAUUUAUCUCAUAAUAUGAUGAUGUGUUAUGCGCAACACUCAGACAUCUAGCCUAAAGGUAAAGGUCACACUCAGAGGUCAUAGUUCAAUAGGUUUGUUUUCCAGUCUGGCCCAUAACUCAUUCAUCAAAGUAUUUUAACAUCACUUGGCACAAAUGUUUCCCAUAAUGAAAUGAUUUGUCAUGCGCAUCACCAAGAUCCCUAAUUCAAAGGUCUAGGUCACACUUGGGGGUCGAAUUUCAAUAGUUCUUUUACCUGAUUGGUCCAUAACGCUGCCAUUCUAAUGAUUCUAAUGUUUUUGUCAUGCACAACAACACACAGACCCCUAGCUCAAAAUCAAAGUCACACUCGGAGGUCAAAGGUCAGUAUGGUUAUUUCCCUGUUCCACAAAAUAUGUCAGGAAUCUUGGUAAAGUAUUUGACAAAAUAUGGAUAUGGAACAAUAAGUUAACUCUGUGUGCCGGACUUGAUAUGCACAACUACGCAGAAUAGGUCACAUCAGACGGUAUCUUACCAGUGAUGCCACAAAGACCCUUGUCAUCAGCCUGGUUACCUCAAGGUAAGACUACUGUAAUGCCUUGUUAAGUGGUAUUCCAAAGAGCACACUUAACAAAUUGCAACAUGUCCAGAACACGGCAGCUCGCGUUAUCACUAAGACGCCCCGUCGCAAUCAUGUAACACCGGUUCUGAAGGAGCUCCAUUGGCUGCCAGUGAAAUAUAGGGUGCAAUACAAGGUUCUGACCCACACCUUUAAGGCUCUACACAAUAAGUCCUAUAUGCACUCCGGGAGAAGUACGUUCCAACGUAAGUCAAGUCUCAACGAUAACAUGAGACGACAUCUCCACGACAAUUGUUACGGUGUCGCUCCGUACGACCUUGUUGAUUCAAUUAUUACGCGUAAUAAAGCAUUGAUUCUACGUUUUCAUAACUGAAAAGGUGAGUUUAAUGUGUGAAAGCUAUAUAAGCUAUUUGCAAAUAAAACGAACUAGUUA